AUGGCCAGUGUGAUUGAUUGUAUUGUUAACUUUCAAGUAGCUACCAAAGCUUCAUACAUCCUUGCAUCAAAUGAUGAGAUAGGUAGUUCUUUGUAUGAGGUGAAAUGUAUUUCCGAACAACACAAAUCCGUUAUCGAUAAGAUCUGUGACGAGUCGACUAAAGGGUUCAAAUAUUGGAGCCAAUUAAAAUUUCAAGAAAGAAUUGAUAUUUUACAGAAAGUAUGUCUUGAAGUGGAAAGGUGUAAAGAUGAACUCAUCGAAUCCAUGGAAGAAACAGGUAUGCCAAGAUGGUUUUGUGAGUUUAAUGCUGGCAGUAUAUCCACCCAUCUUAGCGAGUAUAUCAGACAGAUAUCAAGAUCUAAUGGGAAAGUGGUUCAAAGUGAACAAACAGAUUUGGCCAUGGUGGUAAAAACUCCUGUUGGCCCAGUAUUAGCUAUUUCUCCUUGGAACGCUCCAGGAGUUUUAACUGGCCGUACUAUAUCAGCACCUUUGGCUUCAGGGUGUUCCGUUAUCAUAAAAUCCAAUGAGUUGUCCGUUAAAACCACCGAACUUAUAGUUAAAUGUUUUCAUAAUGGUGGUGUGCCUGUUAAUGUUUUACAAAUGGUAAACGUCUUACCGGAAGAUAACAAAUUUGUGGUGGAACAAUUCAUCAAACAUAAGAGUGUUCGGAAAAUUAGUUUCACAGGAUCAACUCAAGUUGGUAGUAGCAUUGCAUCUACAGCAGGUAAAUACCUCAAACCAUGCAUUUUAGAAUUAGGAGGUAAAAACUGUACAAUCAUUGAACCUGAUGCAGAUUUAGAGAAGGCUAUUGAAACUUCAUUAUUCACUUCAUGGGGUCAUAAAGGUCAGAUCUGUAUGUCAACUGAUAAAAUCUUUAUACAUGAAUCUAUAUAUGAAGAAGCUCUAGAAAAAUUUGUCAAUAUUGGUAAAGAGUUCAUUAAGAAUCCCGAUUUUAAAAUCCUUCAACGUACAGGGAUCUUUACCAGGAAAACCAAAAGUUUAAUUGACGAUGCAUUAAAAAAAGGUGGUAAGAUCUUAUUAGGCGAAUAUAACCCCAUUGUCCAGAAUGUAAACUUUGAACUUACUCCCUUAUUGUUGGGGGAAAUUCCUGAAUCUGCCGAAAUAAAUGACACUGAAAUUUUCGGAGCAGUUGCAUGUCUUUAUAAAUACAAAGACAUUAACGAAUUGAUUGAAAAGGUCAACGACGAUGAUUAUGGAUUGAAAACUUCCUUGUGGUCUAAAAACACCAUCAAGGCUUAUAAAUUGGCGUCUUUAAUCGAAAGUGGUGGGGUCCAUAUCAACAGCGGUACCAUCUUUGAUGAAUCCACCAGCCCACAUGGUGGAGUAAAAUCUAGUGGUUAUGGAAGAUUCAACAGUCUGUGGGGAAUCGAUGAAUUCUGUUUCGACAAGAUUGUUACCAUGUGUGAGUAA